AUGACUGGUUAUAAACGACUCAAACGUGGUUAUCGUCCAUUAGCUGACAGACUUCAAGAGCAAUUGGAUUUUACUGCAGUUCACUCCCCUUCUGAUCCACUAUACCAAUACCAAUGGUACUUGAAAAACGACGGUCAAUCCCAAGGCAAACCCCGGUUGGAUUUGAAUGUAGAAAAGGCUUGGGCACUUGGAUAUACAGGCAAAAACAUAACCACAGCAAUAAUGGAUGAUGGAGUUGAUUAUAUGCAUCCAGACUUGAAAUUAAAUUUUAAUGCUGAAGCGAGCUACGAUUUUAGUUCUAAUGAUCCUUAUCCCUAUCCACGCUACACCGAUGAUUGGUUUGUGUGUUUGUUAUUACAGUCAAACCUCAUUAUAGGAUACACAGAAAUUGGAUACUUUGUAGAAUACCCUCUGUUUAACAUACAGCUCAUUAUAAGAGAAACCCUCUAUCUAACAGACGCCUUAUUAUAAGGUAGGAGUGUUUCAGCCCCAGAAUUAGGAUACUUUUUAGAAUACCCUCUAUUUAAGAUACGCUCAUUAUAAGAGAAACC